AUGGAUUUACCUGAUGAGGAAGAGGCGUUUGGCGCGGCCAUCAUUAUUGGCUCGGAAACUACAGAAGCCGAAAGGGAAUAUGAAAAAGUCCUAGAACAAAUGCGAGAAUCGGAAGGUCUUAAGCUGUACAGCGAUGUGUAUACUAAGCUGUAUGAUUCCUACUUCAAACUCAAAGGAGAGAACACUGCUCACCAGGAGAAAAUUGCAUAUCUCAUGGACAAAGUGGGCCGAUACGACGGUAUAAUUGCUAAUUAUCUCAACGAAAUAUCGGAUACAAAUAAAACUGUUGAUAAACUUCGAGCUGAAAUUGAGGAAGCCCGCGCACUAGCUGACGCAAUGCAUGCUCGCGAGUUGAAAAGCGUAGAGACUUUGGAGACUAUGAAGAAGACCAUCGCUCGCUUGGAGAAGGAGCUGGAUGCAAGGAAACGUGCUGGUGAUGAUGAUGCAGGCGCAACUUCAGCCGUGAAGGAGAAAGAGAAGUUUGAGAAAGAAAAAGCGCGACUCCAGGGUGAGCUGGAUGGUGCCAAACUGAGGCUGACGAAUGCUCUUAACUUCAUUGAAGAGCUAGAGCAAAGGAAUACAGCUGCGGAGGAGAACAUCUCCAAGUUGGAAGAACAACUUGAGGAAGCUGAUAACAAUGCGGUGAGACAAAAUCGACUGGUGGAUCACUUGAAAGGUGAAAGUGAUACACUCAAAUGUGAAGUGGAUAAUAGAGGAAAAGAGAUCUCCGGUCUUAAAGAUAAAUUGUCUAAAGCAGAAAAAACAAUUAAUCGUCGAGAUAAACAACUGAAGGAUAUGACGCGUAAAUUAGAAUUAGCCCAACAAGAGCAAGAAGCAGCUUCAAAUAAGGCAGCUCAGUUGAGAGAGCAACUUGAUUUUACAAAUGCCGAGUUUGAUAAAACAAAACAGAUUCUAACUAACACUGCUAAGGAACUUAAGAAUGCGACAGAUGAUGGCAACCGUCUCCGAAACGAAGUGUCAAAACUAACAAAGCAAAGUGUUCAGCAAACAAAGAAAUAUCAACUCCUAGAACAAGCUAAAGCUGGCGUCGAAGGCGAUCGUGAGAAUCUAAGGCAGCAAGUGAGCGUAAUGGAAAGAGAAAUAAUGCUAAACAAGAAACAAGCUGAAGCUGACCGGAGGGAGAUUGAGAAUUUAAACAGAGAGAAAGAGAUAUUUAAUAAAAACAUGCAGAAAAUUCAGAACGAAGCCAUGGAGAAUCUGCUAGUCAUAAGCCGACAAGAACAGCGAAGGAAGCAGCUGGAACACGAGUUAGAAGUCAGCGCAUCGCAGCUUAAUAAGCAACGGCUCGUAAUACGACAGCUGGAAAAGGAUAAGGACAGAAUGCUUGAAGAAACUAUUGCCUUGAAUGAAAGAAUUGAUGAAAUUUCAGAGGAGGUACGACUCCGCACAGCAGAUAUAUUGGAUCUUAAAAAAGCACUUCGAGAUGAAACCAUAAAGGGUCGAAAACUCUCUGUAGCCCUUGAUGCAACCAGAGCUGAGAGGAACAUGUUGCAUAAGAAUUAUACAGAGGCACAGGAUGAGAUUCAGGAUUUGAAGCAGAAACUUAAGAUGUUAGCUUACCAAAUUGAACAGCUAAAAGAGGACAUAAGCGGCAAAGAAAGUGGUCUUAAAUCAUGUGAAGGGACUCUAGUGAAGUGUAAUAAGAAGAAUGAUCAGUUGAGGGCUGAGGUGCAGGCAGGACUCGUUAAAUUAUCGGAGGCGAAAGCAGAAAUCACUGCCUCAAGACAGGAAGAAGCCAGACUUAAUAGAAUCUUACAGGAAAGUGACACAGCCCGUGCAAAACUGAUGAAGGAGCUAGAAGGUCUUGUCAAUGAGAGAGACGUGGUCGGAGCCCAACUGGUUCGGAGAAAUGAUGAAAUAUCACUACUUUACGAAAAGAUACGGAUUUUGGAAGUUACUUUACAUAGAGGCGAGCGUCAAUAUGAGCAAAGGGUUGAAGAUAUUCGCCUUCUACGUCUGGAGAUAAUUCGCCUUCGCAAAGAAAAAAACCUCCUCUCAAAGGGCAUUGAAAAUAUGACGGAUUUGAGGCUAGAGGUUUUCAAUUUGGAACGUGAGCUCGGUCGUGAAAGAUUGCGAGUUCGGGCUCUCGAAGAAGCAUUGGAGACUCCGCUCAAUGUCCAUCGGUGGAGGAAAUUGCAAGGCACAGACCCAGAGAGCGUUCAUCUCACUCAGAAACUUAGGCUCACCCAGAAGAAGGUGUUGGCUCAAAGUGAAAUGCUGGUGGCUAAGGAUCGUGAGCUGAAGGAGACAAGGAAUUUGUACGGUGCCGUUAAAGACAUGCUUGCAUUACAACCUAGCCCUGAAAUACAGCAAACCUUGAAUAGAACGCAGCGCGCCCUAGCUCAACGGACUUCCAAAAUGAAGUGUCUUAUAGCGGAACUAAGUAUGCGUGAGAAACAAGUAGCAGACCUACGUUUAGAACUGGACAAAGUGAAUGAAGAUUUGAAUAACUUCAAGCAAAAGUACUAUGAAAUGAAAAGGGCGUUAGAUGCUGAUGAAGCGAGGCGACUCAGAGUUCCAACACCAGCCACACCUGUCUGA